GAGCUACUGUGCCUAUGUGGUGCAGCGCAAUGUGACGUGCGCGCUGCAGGACGGAGCCGAGAGCUACAUCAAGGCUGAGUACCACAAGUGCAGCUGGGGACCCAAGUGCCCAGGGAAAGUGCUGUACCGCACCUUCUUCAGGCCCAAAUACAAGAUUGGAUACAAGACAGUGACUGAGCUGGCCUGGAGGUGCUGCCCCGGCUUCAUGGGAGAAGGGUGCCACGACAGCCCCACUGACCAACCCGGCCUCCUGCCCCAACAGCCCAGCCCCAGAGUGCCCCCCGGGCAGAAGAUGUUUCCAAUCCCCAGGCUUCCUCCCUAUCCCAAAAGCCACCCUGACCUGUUUCCAGGACCAAAGAAGAACCAGUAUGGCAGGAAGCUGCCGGGGCUCUUCGGGGACCGCCUGGAUCGGCUGGAGGAGGAGGUGAGGCGCCUUUCCCAGUCCUACGACAGCCUGCACACCAUGGUGAGCGGGCUGGGCGACCGCCUGCGGCUGGCCAUCCAGGAGGACACCACCAGGAUGAUCGGCUCGCUGAUGAACAGCCCCGGCACGCCUGACUCCACGGUGGGCUUCGGCAUCAUUCCCGACGGCCUGGUGGAUGCGGCCGACAAAGCCGACAUCGCUGCAUUCCCUCCCGUGGGGGACAUCCUGACCAAGGUGACGGAGGUGAGCGACGUGCUGAAAACCAAGGCGGAUCUGCUGCACGAGGUGCGUGGCAUGGUCCUGGACCACGACGGGCAGAUCAAGCAUCUGCUGGAGUCAGCCCGGCCCUCGCCCCUCACCUCUAUAGACCUGCUGGAGGAGUACGUGGACACGAGGCUGAGCACCCUGCGCGGGGAGCUGCUCGACGGCUUCGAGAAGAAGCUGGGGAAGAUCCAGACCACUCAGCCGCUGGACGGGAAGGAGCUAGAGAUCAAGAAAGAGAUCUCCCAGCUGGAGACCCAGAUCCAAGGGCUUACAGUGCCGCUGGACGGGAAGGAGCUAGAGAUCAAGAAAGAGAUCUCCCAGCUGGAGACCCAGAUCCAAGGGCUUACAGUGGUGGAAAGCUGCUGCAGCAACCUGGACUACCUCACCGAUCGUAUGAACAUCCUUGAGAAAGGCCUCCACAGCAUCUCCGAGUCCCAGAAGAACUUGCACUCCCGGCUGGAUGGAGAAAUCUCCACUGUCACCCUAGGGAACCUUUUUGAAGGGCGCUUCGAAGACCUGGAAGCCAAACUCAAUGCUACAGAAACAGGGAGCUGCUGUUCUGGUAUAGAGGACAGCAUGAGAGGCACGGUGGUGGCAGAGGUGGAUGGCAUGAGGACUGCCUUUGAAGACAAAAUGCAGACCCUGGAGGACAGGUUCAUGACCAUCGUGGGGGAGCUGAACAAUGUGAGCUCUCCCAUGGGAAUGGACGGCGCGGUGGUGCCCGUGCUGGAGGGGGAGCUUGCCAGCAUGAGGAAACGGACGGACGAGGCACUGGAGGUGUUGCAGAAUCGCCUCGUCACGCUGGAGAGCACUUGUUCCCUGGGCUGCAGCUCCGCCUCCAAAGACGUGGAGUCCUUCCGCACAGAGAUCGAAGACUGCCAGAACAAGAACCAGGACCUGCUCCUGCGCAUGGACAGCAACUACGACCUCCUGCGCAAGCUGAACGCCACCAUCCUGGAGAUCCAGCGGCGGAUCGAGGAGGAAGCAUCGGGGGCUUUGCAAGGGGAGAUCAACUUGCUAAAGAUCAACCUGAACACCGUGAGCAAGUCUCUGACGGGGCUCAGGGACUCCGUCUCCCAGUACUCGGACACCAUGGCGCACGUAAACUCCUCACUGGAUGAGCAUGAGCGGAAGAUCGAGGAUGAGGUCCACUCCAUCCAGGAGAAAGUCAACGACCAAGGCUCCCAGCUGUUCUUCAGCAACCGGCGUGUCCUCAACCUCAAGGGAGACUUGGAGCGACUCAAAGCCAGGAUCAUCAGUGACCUGAGCUCCUGCAAGAACGUGGCCCAUGACCUGCAGAAGGAGAUUGCUCACUUCGAUGACCGGGUGGCCCGGGUGGAGAGCGCCUGUGGCAGGCUGGGUGCCAUCACGGGAAGCCUGGAUGGCGUCAGGGAUGAACUGGAGAAACACACGGGCAGCCUGUGGGACUACAUGGACCACAUGAACGGGACCCUGGCUGCCCACUCUCAGGAAAUAACAGGACUGAAGGACAACCUGCUGGACUGCCAAGCCAAGGUCUCCGAGCUGGCCGAGCAGGUUGGCCACUUGGAAGAGCAGGCGCAGGGGAAGCAGCACUAG